CGUUGGUCCAGACAGAAGGAAACAGGCCUCGGAGGCCACACCCAAGGGUUCGGGUGUGGUCGGAGUCGCGAACUCGGAUAAGGAACCUAUUGGUGACGACAGGCACAAUAUGAACGCAGAGUCGGCCUCCUCUACUAGCACUACAGAGGCCCGGGAUAACGUCCGUCCCACAACCGGGUCACCACCCGGAACCAACGCGAGCUCGGUCAGAGAAUUAAUCAAUAGAUUUACAGGACUCCGAGAUCAUUCCGGACCUGGACCGAGCUCACAAAUCACACGAACACCAACAGCAGCAGAUCGGAGAGAGAGUCUGAGCGCCCCCCUCGGAGAGAAGGUUUCCGAUGAAAGGAGGACUGGGUGCUCUCAUUGUGGCCAACGAUUCGCCUCGUAUAAACUCGUGAGGCAACACGAGUCCCGGUCCCACCCGUUGGAGUACCGGAGAGAACUUGAGGCGAAAUUGCCGCUCCCCGAAUCAGAGCUGAUGGCCAAGAUCGCUAAGAUCGAGGCCGGAAGCAAGAGGGGCGGCAAAUUUUAUUCCGAAAUGGUGAGGGCUACCGGUCUGACCGAACAUCAGGUCAGACAUAGACGCGAGCAAAAAAUCUAUCAGCGCUACUUGACCGAGGCUAGAGCACAGGUUAGGAGAAGUGCCACAAAACUUUUCGGCCUUCCUACCAGCUCAACCCCGGUAACGCAGGGCCAAUCAACCCCAGGUGGUGGAUUAACUAAGACCGAUAUUUGCUCAUCUAGCCCCCACCAAGCCAUCAAAGCCACUGAGAGUCCCCAAAUAGCCCCCCCGGAUAUCGGAUUCACAAGACCUCCGAAGAGGACCCGUGAGGACUUGAACUCCGAUCACAUCUCAGCUGCACACGAAGUGGAACCCAUCCAGCCUCCUCCCAACCUUAGGGGUCGGGGCUUGGACAGUAUUAUGGCAGAGGUGUCAGAUGUGCCAUCCACUAAACGAGGAAGAAGUGUGUCUUCAACACCUUCUCCGAAAAACAAGCGGGUAUGCGCCGGUGAACUAAUUGGCGUUGAUACCGACAUACGAGGCAGAAACGAACUUGAUUUUGUGAGCUCUUUGAAUAUUACCCUAAGGGGUUCAAGUGUUGGAAAUAUUACAUGUACACCCUUAAAUGAGACUAUUUUAAUUAACAAACCAUCUGUUUCCAGGGAGGUGGAGCCACCAUCGACUCCGAUGAGGGCGGCCCUCCUGCCGGGAUCCUUCGUCGCUUACUUGACCGCAUUAAAUGACUUGGACAGAGAUACCCAAGGUAUGAUUAAUAGGGCAUUAAUGGGAACCGGUCCAGAGCUGCUUGCGGCGAUGGACGACUGGAUCCAACAACGCUUCCCGGCAAAGGUCAAGACGGCGAGGGGGUGCGCCGCCGCUGUGGAGGGACCACCCCUCAGUAAGAGGGCCCUCAGGAUCAGCCGAUACAAAAACUGCCAGGAUCUUUUUGUCAAGAGCAAGAAGACCCUGGCUGAUAUGAUCCUGAGUGGAAAGGACGUCUGCCAGUCCGUGGCCGCUCCCACUUUGGCGGACACCGAGACCCUGUAUGGUGGGUUGCUCGAGUCGGAGUCUCCGGUCGACCCCGACCCGUUCAUUGAGCGGGAUCGGUGUUCCGACACAUUCAAGCCGAUCACAGAGACGGAGGUCGUGGGGUCCAUGGGAUCAUGGAAGGUGUCAGCCCCCGGCCCCGAUGGGACUUCUGUGGAGGACGUAAAGCGGUGUGGGGCUCGGGCACUUAGCGUGUUAUGCACGCUGGUGCUUGGGAGUCGGAUCGCUCCGUCCAGGUUCCUGCAGAACCGGACUAUCCUUAUCCAUAAGGACGGGGAUGGUUCGGACCCGACUAACUGGCGUCCUAUCACGGUCGGAUCUUCCAUCCAAAGGCUGUUUCACAGGGUGAUGGCCAGUCGGCUUGUCACCGCAACCAACCUCAACAGCAACCAACGCGGGUUUGUCCGCGUGGACGGGACCCUGCUGAAUGGGGUGAUACUGGACCACUACAUGAGAUCUCGUAGGGCCCAGGGGAAAGGCUAUAAUGUGGUGUCAUUGGAUGUCCGCAAAGCCUUUGACACCGUAUCGCAUUGGUCGAUACGCCGCGCACUGCUGCGCCAUGGAAUCGAGGUUGAGACCAUAGACUAUAUUAUAAAAUCGCUGGGCUCGUCAGUGACUCGGAUUUCUGUAGGCCACGAAACAUCUCGGCAUCUGGGCAUUACGUGCUUUAGGACGUCCAUCCCCGGAUCUUUGGCAAAGCGGAUCAGGAAGUCCCUUGAGAGCUCAGGUAGCCCUGUGGAAACACUGACUAAUGAUCUUGUGUUUUCCAGGAACUUGCAGCGCCUGGAGAGGCUAGCACCUCUCACCGACCCUGGCACCACCAGGAGGGAACAAAUAAGGAUGAACCCCUAUGUCAGAGGAAUUGAGGAGGCGGUCCACGACGUAGCCAGCAGGUCCUGGAUCGACCAUCCUCCUCUGGGCUGGACCGGCAGGGACUAUGUCAGGGCCAUCCAGCUCAGAAAUGGCAACUUGCCAACGCGAGGGAUACCAUCGAACCCUCCAGAGCACAGGCGGUGCAGGGCAGGCUGCACCGUCAACGAAUCAUUGUGCCACGUACUCCAGGCGUGCCCAUUAACUCAUGGGGUGCGAAUAGCUCGCCACAACGAGAUCUGCGCCAAAUUAGCAGAUCAUUGUCGGCGCAGAGGGUGGGUCGUGGAAGAGGAGCCUCACGUCCGCCAUAUGGACGGGAGACUCUAUAAGCCGGACUUGGCCAUCAGAACGGGCCCAGAUCGGCUCACUGUCUGCGAUGUCCAGGUCAGUUGGUCGGGAGAUCGUGGACUCGACCAGGCCUGGAC